CGACAGACUUAGACUCUUAAAGAGACAGAAGUAAAGGACGUUGUCCCUGGGGUGGGGAAGGGAGUUAGAAACUGGGAUGCUGUAGCGGAGAUGUGGCCCCGUUAAACUAUGUUUUUGAAACCAGUGGUCCCAGCCCUCUACCCUCUCCUACCUGGAAACCCAGUGGUCUCAUUCCCUGGUACCCUCCUAUUUCAAGUCCUCUAAGUUUCAUCCCCCAGCUCCCUCCUACCAGACCCAGAAGUCCAGGCCUCUAGCUCCUUCCUUCCUCAGAUCCAGCAAUCCAAGUCCCCAGCUUUCUUCUCCCCCAGAACCUGGGACUCUAGGUCCCUGUGCCAACCACUGUUAGACUCAGGAGUCCAAGCAUCUGCCACCACCCUCCUUAAGAGCCCAAGUUCCCACAUCCCAGAUAGCUGCUGCUCUGUAGGACUUCCAAGUUUUUCUCAUCUCCUCCUCACUGUGCAUAGAGACUCCUCUUUUUUUUUGAAAGAGAGUCUUGCUCUGUUGCCCAGGCUGGAGUGCAGUGGUGUGAUCUCAGCUCACUGCAACUUCUGCCUCCUGGGUUCAAGCGAUUCUAAUGCCUCAACCUCCCGAGUAGCUGGAAUUACAGGUGCCCACCACUACAUCUAGCAUAAUUUUUGUAUUUUUGUAGAAAUGGGGUUUCGCCAUGUUGGCCAGGCUGGUCUCAAACUCCUGACAUCAAGUCAUCUGCCCACCUCGGUCUUCCAAAAGUGCUGGGAUUACAGGCGUGAGCCAUCGUGCCUGACUGAGGCCCCUCUCAAGAGUCAGUGUGAGGAGGACUGGGCAUUAAUCUUUACAGCACCCUAAACUCCCCCCAGAUAAGGGCUUAGAUGCAUCCUUAGGGCAGCUCGGGAAUCCCGUCUCUUCCCCUCUUCAUGCUCUCUCUGUGCCUUUUCUGAUGUUUGCCUGUCACUUUUCCUGUCCUUGCACCCCUGCCACAUGUACCUUUUGCCAUCUCUUGCCUUUUCCUCCUCUCUGUCUCGCUCUCAAUCUUUCUGGUGUCUCCCUGCUGGAUUUAUCUGUGGCAGCUCUGUCCAGCCUAGGAUGUCCUUCCGUUUCCAUCUGUCUUUCUGCGAGCCUUUUCCUUCAUUCCUCCAUCUCCAUCUGAUUGUUCGUUUCCGUCUCCUUCCCUCUCUGUUCUUGCUUUCUUCCUUUUUAUUUCUUUUUGUGUCAUUCCCUUUCUUACUCUAUUUCCUCCUUGGCCACUCUGUCUUUGUCCUUCUCUUUGUGUCUCUGUUUCUCUGACGGUCCUUCCGCCAGUCUCUAUUUUUAUCCCUCUGACACACCCCCUGUGUCCACCUCUCUGUCUGUCUGUCUCUCCCCCUCCCUCGUCUCAGGUCCAGCUUUUGGUCCCAAUUAGUUGGUGGCGGCCAAGGCAUCGGCAGGUCCCCCACCCCCGGCUCCUCAUUACCGCUGGCGGCUCCUAAUGAGCCUGGGGAGGGGGUGACCCCGCGCCCCCGGCCCCCCGGCCUGCGUCACUGCUCGGCGCGGGGGCUGCGGAGGCGAUAUAAGGGGGCUGCCAGCGCCGCUGCCCGAGCCCACUGCGCGGUAGGGGGCCGUGCGGGAAGCUGAGGGUGGGUGCAUGGUGGGGUCCGGGGUUCUGGGCCGGGAUGCCGCCCCACUGAGCCCCUUUCUGGUUCUCCACAGGUGAUGGAGGCCCGCCAGGUGUCCACGAGCCCUCGGGUUCGGCGGCUGCUGCUGCUCCUGCUGCUGGUGGUGCCCUGGGGCGUCCGCACUGUCUCGGGAGUCGCCCUGCCCCCCGCCGGGGUCCUCAGCCUCCGCACCCCAGGACGGGCUUGGGUGGAUCCCGCCACCCCCCGGCCGCGGAGGAGCCUGGCGCUGGCGGACGACGCGGCCUUCCGGGAGCGCGCGCGGUUGCUGGCCGCCCUCGAGCGCCGCCACUGGCUGAACUCGUACAUGCACAAGCUGCUGGUGCUGGACGCGCCCUGAGCGCGCCGCCCGUCCCCGCUUUAAUAAAGACCCUGCCGUGCGCUCCGGA